GUGGAACCUUUUAUUGUGAAAGUGUGAAAGUAGUUUUUCCGGUCUGAGGUUGUUUGUGCCCCGCCCUCCACAGAGCGCAGGUGUUACCACGACGACAGCAGUGACUGUUUUGUUUGGCUGAAAAGUCAGAGAAGCUACUGCUGCUAAGUUGAUCUAUUAUGGUGGCUCUUUCCUUUUUAUUUUGUAGUCUUACACAGCGAAUAUAAACGUCUUUUGAAUUUCAAUAAGUUCAUACAGUUUUACAAAAAUGACAGAAUGAAAAAAAGGCAUUUUUCGUGAUGUUUUAAGCUGUGUGUGAAACCUUUCAAGUGGACCCUGAACUGACCUGUAGUCAGGAUGCAGGUGGCCCCUCCUGUGGCCUCACAGCCAGUCCCUGAGCCUCUCAAGAGGAUUAAGACUCCUCUUCCACUGAGUGAGCUGGUGGAGAGGCGCAGGAGCCGGGACCUAGCUCCCAAUCACCUCCUAGACUCAAAAAUCUUUACCAAACUGAAAAGAAACAGUGUGAUUGAAGCAGAUCCUCCUGAGCUUCACUUCAACGGCUUCGAGCCUGGAAAAGACUUCAUCAAGAUUCUGAAACUAAUCAACGUCUCAUCUGAAGUCAUGAAUAUUCACAUCAUUCCUACCCAAACUAAACACUUCCAAACCACUUACACCAAAAAGUUCCGACUCAUCCCAGGCCUGGCCUACACUCUGAAGGUCCGCUUCUGUCCUGAUCAGUGGCGUUACUUCUACGACUGCAUCAGAGUCCACUGUAAGGACGAAGACAACCUGUUCAUUCCAGUGCAUGGUUACCCUGUCAUCCACGACCUGCACCUCCCUGCUCACCUCCACCUGCCUGAUGUACCCCUUGGACAUAGUGUAAGCAGAGUGAUUCCUCUCAGGUGCAGCUGCCCUGUUGACUUCCAAUUCCACAUAUCAGUUCUUCAGCCUCACGAAGAUUUCUCUAUCUUUCCACUCACAGGUGUGAUAGCAGCUGGUGGUGAGGUGAAGCUCCUGGUGACCUUCACACCUUCUCAGUACCAGACGUCACAGCUCACCUUCCAGCUCAUCGUCUCCCAGUUCAACACCAAACCUUUUCUCUGCACGGUCACAGGGAGGUCAGGGCCUCACACUGGACUCAGUCAACUUACUUCGCAGCCUGGUGAUGGAGGUGAUAGACAUUCAGAUCAUAAAGGAGCAGCAUCUGUCAGUGUGGUCUCUCCUGGAAAUAAAAUCAAAACAAGCAAAAUGAAGAACAUCUUCAAGUCAAAGUCACUGAGAGAAGAGACUCAGCUGCCACUGGAGCUGGACAUUCUCACUCCUGCAGGAGUCGCAAAGAUGUUGAUCAGAGACACAAGCAAAGUCAAAGGCCUGAGAGAUGACCACUCCAGUGUCCUGCAGAACAAACAACUGAAGGAGGCGCUAUUCCUCCAAAAGGUUCAGGAGAAUGUGAAAAAAGAGCAGAGGAACCACCUGAGUUGGCAGGUUCAUGUGGGUAAAGAACCGGUGUCCAUAGAAACCAGAAGGAAGAUCAUGGUGGAGCGAGAGACUCAGCUUCAGCAUCAGUACAAGGUGAGAAGAGGAGAUGUCAGAGAAGAGCAGCAGCAGCAGCAGCAGCAGCAGCAGCAGCAGCAGCAGCAGGAUGGUAAAACCUUCACUGCUGCUGCUGCCACUACCACUGAACUCUACUCCAGACGACUGCUGUGUGAAGCCACAGAGGUCCCACAGGGAGACCCCUUCUUUCAGUUCCACUGUACUUUUCAUCUGGAGCUUAGACUCAGAGUCUUCAGAUUGUUCCAACAGGCAGGUCGUAAGGUCGUGAUCCGACGUCGUGCAGACAGAAGGCUGCAGUGUUUGAAGAAUGUGAUGAGAGACCUGCCAUCACAGCAGAAAGAGGAGAAGAACCAGAAGACCAGCUGGGAUGUGAUUCCACUGAACAGAGUCUUUCCUUCUUCUUGUCCUGUUGUCUCAGUUAAAGACGACCCACAGGUUCUUAGUCAUUCACAGACGGAGGCCGUGGCUCCUAUAGACGUGUCCAGAACAACACGUGUUCCUUUCUUCCAGCUUCAGGUUCCUCUGCACUACGAGCUGAUGGGUUACCACCCUGUCUCCACCUGGGAGGCGUUCACCUCCUACAUGCCCACCACGUUGUCCAGACAGUUGCGUACUGGACUAACGGAUGAUCCUGAAUCCAUGUCUCCUCCACAGACUGAAGGUGAGGAUGAAGAUGAAGGUGUGGAAGCUCUGACCUCAAUCAGUCUGAGCUUCACCGCUCCUGAAGGUCUGUCCAGGCCGGUUCCUGCAGACCCUCUAAGAAUCUUUAAUCCAGCUCCAGGUCUACAGACCUACAGACCCUCUCCUAAAUACCUGGAGAACCAGCUGGACUCUCACCUCUGUCCCUCUCACUGGAAGAGUGAUCACAACAGUGACAUGUUUGUCAAUAGUCCUCAGAAGAAGAACUCACUGGACCAUCGGGAAGUGAUAAAAGGCAUCAUGUCGUGGAGGAAUUUCAGUUCAUUCACCUGGAAAUGUCUGUCGGCUCUUCCUGCUCUCAAAGAUGACACUUUUAUUCAGGGUUCCUUGGACCACAGCACAGACCUGCUCCCUCUCUCCGUACCCCCUGCUCUUUUCUCCAUCCAUCCUGACACACUUGAUGGAGAUGCUGGUUAUAGUGAGGGUGUGACUGCACUAAUGGACAGAGUGUGUGAGGACUCUGGAGUUCGACUCACACCUCAGAUGAUCAGAGCUCAGUUCCUAUCUGGAGAAGCUUCAACUCCUCAGCCAGAUUCACCAGCUGCUCCCGUGUCCCUGUGAACUAAGAUCUUUCCUGUGGAAACGGCUGUUUGUUGGUAGUGGAGACCACCACUCACCAUGUCUAUGGAGGACACAGGUCCAAUACUGUUGACGUAAAUCCCCACAUCGAUGAUGGUUGGCUUCACUGUCAAAGAAAGGGAGAAGACGGAGAAGUUAGAAGGAUUGAGCCGUGAUGUUCUCUCAGCAGCUUCACCAUGAAACUGGACCCACGCAGGUCCAGAGAAUCACUGCUACAUCAGCAGCUCUUUAGCAUGUUAGCAUGUUAGCAUUAGAGGAGGACACAGUUAGCACACUGACAGCAGUGCCACAGACAGAUAAAGGUAGAGCCACAGGAUACAUUUACAAUUGGUGUCAUCAGUGUGUGGACUGUAUGUGGUCAAUCUGUUGUUUGGUUGAUAUGUUCUGCCAUGGAACAUACAAGGGCUGACUCACACACACACACACACACACACAGAGAGAGAGAGAGAGAGAGAGAGAGAGAGAGAGAAACAAAUGUCAGAAAUGUUGACUGGAGCCAGAAAGUCCAGCUGGAGCCUAAAGUACCAUGACAGAGAAUUCACACAGAUUCACAUGUUCAGUGUCCAGGGUUUUAUUUACUGAUUGUUUCGGCACAAACUGUUUGACUAACAUCAACCUGUUCUCCUUAACAAACCUGAUUUUUGUAAAAAUAUAUAUCACCGUACCUAAAAUCAUUUUACAGACAAUUGGGCUAACUAUUAGCUACCAAAACAAUGUUUUAGCUAGAAUGUGUUUUCUCUUGACCAUCCUUUUGUACCUUUUGAUAAUAGAGGAGUAAUUUAAAAAAUAACUUAAUUUCAUAAAAAUUGUAUAUGCAUUUCCAUCUGGGUGUUUAUUUGCUACAUUUUGUUUGACAAAGGUUUGUGGUAAUUCAGCCGUGGUGUCUGACAGAUCAGUCAGGUCAGGGCGUGGUCAGAUUUAACUCCGACAGUCACAGUUAUACCUACCCUUUCUUUAUUGGUUUAUGUAGUUAUUGUCCGUUCUCACUGUUUGUCUAACAGAUUGAUUCACUGCAGGUUGAUGGAUUGAUAUAAAGACCGACGUUCUUCCUUCAUCCAAUCAACAUCUGUUUUCAUACGGACCUCAGUCUCCACAGCACAGAUCUAAUAUUUUCAGAUCAGACCCGUGAUGUUUUUGUAUGUGGUCAUUUAAGUGAGUCAUGUGUGUCCGUGCAGGAGGAGGCAGGAGCUGCUGAGUUAAUGGAGGUCUUUGCUUAGGAGGACUAGAGAGCGACCCCUAUUGGCCCAAGGUGCCAGGAGGAUGACGGCUCUUAUAUUUAUGACCAAAGAUUGCACAACAAACAACAAAAUUCAAACCCACAUUGGACUGUAGUUCAGACUGAGGACUGAUGGUGGCAGUAUUUAAGUGCUAACCAACCAACAACCAGGCAAAAAAGAAUCCUAGCUCAGCAAAAUCUUAAUCUGAAUUCAGCAUUAGGAACUGCAGAGUGAUCGUGAUGGUAGACACAGGCAGAGAUUAGAGUGUUUACAGUAAUGUGAACAGGAAACAGAAACUUUUUUACCUCAUUAUUCAAACGCUGUAAAUAAAUGUCAACGAUUCGCCCAGGUCUUCAGAGGAAAUAUUCCUGUUUUAGCCCCAGCUGUCAGUGUCCACACUGUCACCAUGGAAACACACAACAAUCACAUGGAUUUUACUGUGGCGCUGCUGAGAAGAAAAUGUCAGCAUCUGAAUAUUAGAACUUCAGAUCUGGAUCCAAGUCCUGCAGGGAAUGAGAGCUGAGUCCACGCUGAGCUGGGUUUAAGCCCAGCAGAUCAACAUAUGAAUGUUUGAGCUCCUGCUUACUCCCUCCAACCAACAGCUAACAGUGACACAGAUGCUGCUGGUCCGCUGCUGCCUCCUGUGGUUAGUGUGUGCCACUGAGUUUAAUUGAACAGAUUUGGACUCAGAGAUGAAGACAGCAGUGGGUUAAAAACUACUGAGCCCCGAGGUAAAAAUGAAAAUCGUUCUGUAUGGACUUUGGUGUAAACAUUUAUAAAAAAUCUACUUUGUACAAACCAACACGUUUAUUCCCCUCAUUGGCUGUUUGACAAAUUUCCAUUUGUCAUUUGUUAAGAGCAGAAUCAUUCAGUAAUUUUGUUGUUUCUUAGAAGAGUCACUCUGCUAAUCUUUCACAUCCCUGAUAUCAUUAAUACCUCAACACAGGACUGGUUGGUUAGUGCUGGUUAGUGUUUGGUGGCGGAGGAAACCAUUUGUCUUUGCAUUAGUUAUUGUGUGAGUUAAGUAAAGUAAAAUGACCACAAACAAAGACCCAAACCAUUCAGUCUAGACUCUGACUAAUCCCAGGACACUGUGCAGGGACUUCUAAUGAUGCUAAUUGAGGUUUGGAGGUCUGCCACUGCUCAGGUUAAUACUAUAAUCUGUGUGACAGAAGGAAGGGAUGCAGCGUUAGCAGCUUCAGUCCCAAACACACACACAGAUACAGCGAUCAUAAACAAAGAAAAUCCUCCUUGAUUUAUUCUACUGUCCCAUAAACUGAUCCUACAAAUACUGAGUCAGACGUCAUCACUGGAAACCAUCUCCACAUCUAAUCAGCUUCCAUGUCCAUCAGUUCAACCAUGAAUAAUGCAUUUGUUUAUUUCUCCCUGGGCUACAGUAGUUGACGCUGUCGCUAACGCUGCUGCUGCUGGAGUCACAGUGGUUCAGGAGGAAGACGAGAAAGAAACACCAGCCUGAUCUGAGGUGAGGUUGGUGAAACACCAGUUCACCCUAAAGGUUCUUCAUGUCAACAACCUGAAUGGACACUUUACACAUCUACAUAUUUUUGACUCAAACUCAAACCAUGUAAAUUUUUAUGAAUUUCUCUAUGACUUUAUACAGUUGACUACUAUUUUCUAUGGCCUGUAGGUGGUACUAAAAGCACAUUAGAAAGCCCUGGUUCACAGUGUUUUUUUAAUAUCAAUCUAACCAUGUAAACUGUGUCAAAAAUCUUUAACCAAGAAUUAAAUAAAAUAUUUUUAGGCGGUAAAUCGUGUGAUGGAUAUAGGAAAUACACAACCAUUUUCCUCAGGGAUCAGAAAUGAAGUCAUUCCUGAUCCUCAUUCACAACAUCAAAGAUUUGGCAUAGUGAUGCAUUUUAUUAUUAGCAUCAUGUUAGCUGCGGGCUAGCGCAUAGUGCAUUUGCUGAAUGCCAGUAAAUUGCUGGAAAAUAGCUUUUAUUUUGAAAUUCAUUUUUCAUGUAGGCUAGGCUAAGUAAGUAAGUAAGUAAUAAUAAGUAAGUAAGUAACUAAGUAAUCUGCUAACACCCUCAGCCUCUCAUUGUCGGGCUUUGUCAGUAAAUCUGAAUCCUUUGCGUUACUAUACUGCCCCCUUUCUGGAUCUUUUUGAAACUGGUCCGUAUUACUGUCAACAGAAAGGAAAAACUAGAAAAUACAAAAGAAGAAAGAAACCAUGCCACUGCUCCCUGAGACCAACCAGGAUGAAUUAAAAGUGGUUAAUAAUGGAUUUUAAUAAUGGAGUUAAUAGUCUCUGACUCCAGUCUAAGUGCAUAGAUGCAGGUUUUCUCCCCCUGGUGUCUCACACCUAGUGUCACCCCCCCACCCUCCACCACAGCCUGAUCUGAUCUGAAGCCUCUGGACACUGGACCCAGAUGGACAUGGAUUAAACAUUUAGAUCAGACAAAGGAGGUAGAUGUGUGAGACAUGGGCUGGACUCAGGUUGGUCUGAUUAUCAGACUAAUGUCGUUCAUGUGGAACUCUUCCUCCUUCUCCUCCUCCUCCUCCUCCUGUGGCUCCACAUGAUUACCAAACCCUGUGCUUUUCCAUUAACUCUGUCGUUCUGGAGAAAUGAGACUCCUGUUCAGAGACUUCCCUCUAGAUAUUAAUUAGAACUAUUUCCAAGAGCGUUUUGUUUCAUACUUUCAGAUCACUCUCUCCUGCAAACUCGAGUCAGUUAAUACAAUAAUUUGGAAACAGGAGCUGCUGGUCCACUGCUGCCUCUUGUGGUUUGUUUGUUUGUUUGUUUGUUUGUUUGUUUGUUUCACUAAGAUUAAUCUGAACAAAGGAUUUUGAAUGACAUAUAUAGUGGCUAAUUUCUUAGGCAACAGUGAAUCAAUAACUGCUUUGUCCCUGUGAGCUAAAAUCUCGGGUUUUCGCUCCAGCGUUGUAAAAGGAGGAUUAUUUUGUUUAUUGAAAAAUAAGAAAAACAAAAUCGAGAGCAGACAGAAUUUGUAAAGAAGAGAACAGAGUGGCUUCUUCCUCCGACACACAUGACUCUGUGACUCUGACGGGCUAAAUCAAGUCCCGGCUGUGGGUGGUCACCAUGUGGUGAAUCACUCCAUUUAUUACAAAUUCUUAACAAGAAAAUCACUCUGCUUCCAUCUCAGGACAAAUCUACUCUCACACAAUGCUUCCUAAUUCACCCAUUCACUCCUGUAUUGCUUUAUAAAUAUUUAAUACAACAUUUCACAGGACUCAGUUCCACCCUGGUCCAGUCUAAGUGUUUGGAUCAGCAGCCAAUACAAAUAAACAGGAGCUCAGGCUCGUAAAAAGACCAGACUGCAGCUAAAUUUAGUUUAAACUCUCACCUGGGAAGUUAGAUUGGAGCCACCUUCUAAAUGAAACAGAAUUUAAACUCGGAGGUCUGACUGUGGCUAAUAUUAGUCUCUUCACCUGGGAGCCAAACUAGAAAAGAAAAGUUUAAAAGUUUGGGAGGAAGUGAAAGGUAGAGCGUUUGAUCAGGAAACACUAAAGUACUCCACAGGUUUGUCUUACACUGGCCUCGAGGAUGGACCUAGACUUAGCAUUAUAGCUUAAGCUAACCAGGAGUUUGUUGGAGAGCCUUUGUUAGCUGUCUUCUGUUAGCUUGGUAGCAUUUAUUAACCAGUACCACAUCCUUUAGCUGGUUUUAUUCCCAGUUUGUUGUCAUAGUGCUGCACUCAGCAAAACCAGCAGUUGUGAACCAGCUACAGUUACUCAGGUCAACUGUUAUGUAUGUUAGCAUGGCAUCUGUUAAGCAUAACGCUGAAGUUUGCAGCAAUAUAUAACAGCUCAUAGCCUGGCAUGUAGCCUAAAUAAACUGCCGUCUAGUCCAGAGUAUAUUGUUAGUGGUUGUUAGUUGUAAACAGUCAGGGAACAGAAAUGGUUUUAGAAUCGUCCCAGAGACAGGUUCAUUAUCUGAGGCUAACUCUUGUCUUUGUCUGCCAUUUCCUACCUUCUCACAAACACUCAUCUUCUAGAUUCAGAAAAUAUUUUUCUACCAUAGACUUGCUUUGUUAUUCUCCAGAGAUGAAUGUUUAUCUCUGCAGGAAUUAUAUUUGAUUUAUUUUUGAUAAAUUCUAUUAUUGUUAUUAUUAUUUUUGCACAACGUUUCUCUACAUAUUGGCUAUUUUUAGUUUAGUUUUCAAUAAUUCAUGACACCGUUGACUAAUGUUCACAUAUUUGAACUUAUGUUUUGACUGUUUUACAAUUUUUGUGUACCCAACUCUGCUUUCUAAUGGUUCAUUAUUUGAUUACAACUGUUUUUACAUUUUCAAAAAUAUUUUCUCAUAUUUUUGCAGAUGAGUGUGGAUUUCAGAAGAACCAGAGCAGAGUUAACAUGCACAGUAAGAUGUGCUGCCGCAGCAAAACGCACACGCACACAAACAGCACUUUGACACAGCUUUAAAAGCUUUAUCCCAGAUUCUCUGGACAUUUACAAGCACACACACGCACAGAAACACAGCAAUCACAGUCUGGAUCCAAAAAAGAAAGUGACACAACAGGGACACGCAAGUGUUUCAUUUACAUCUGAGGUCCAACGGCUUCCUAUAGUAUGAGGUGAGACUCUUGAACACUUGUUCUGCUCCAGGGAAAUCUGACUCCUUUUUUUUGUUUUCUCAUCUUUCACCACUGGACCAGUCACACACUUUAUAUGAAGAUGAGACUCCGUUGCUGAAUUCGCCCGCAUCUCGCAGAGCAGAUAAUGGCCUCGUUAGGCUGCAGCCAGAAUUUACAAAAUUCUGCAUCACUGAAUUUCUUGCUGAGACACACUUUUUUUCACUGUUUUGCAUUUCCCUAGUUGAAAAAAGGAAAUAAAUUAUACAUUAGGGUUUCGCAUUUUUCCUAAAAGGAAUAGUUCAGGUAUUUUAUGAGUCGGUUUGUGUUACCUUGGGAAUGUGAAUACUGCUUUAUCACAGUAUUUAAAAAAUCUACAGAGAAAAUCAGUGAGUUUAUGUCGCACCACAUUUUAACUUGGUGCUGGUUAUCAUGUAAAAUACUAGUAAUAAUAAUAGAGAAAUCUGAGAUAUUGGCUCACAGCUACUGGCCCACUGCUGUCUCUUGUGGUCAGUGUGUGUAACUGAAGGAAUUCAUUAAUUGAAUGUCACUGAUUUGCUUUUAUGGACUUGGUGAUAGUUGUCGUGUUCAAACUAAUAUACAGUAGUAAAAGUACUAUUGUUCUAAGUAGAUUUCACUGUGGUUUUUGUGUUUUUGUUCUGACAAUAUGAGACAAUAUUAUUUCCAGUUAACAACCAGCUUUAGUAUGUUUCUUAUCACCAAACACAUAAUGGCAGAGGGUUAACAACUGUAUGACAAAAAGGCCAAGGGCUUUUACAAGGAGGACAAGAUUAGGAACCAAUGCUGAGCCAGUGUGUCCUGUCACAAAGAUAAAGAAAGGGAAGAUGCUCUUAUGUGUUUCAACACGGCUGUGACAGCCACUCAGUUCACCGGCAUCACGGCUGCAUCCAACCUCCAAGCAACUCUGCCCUCUCAGGUGUGGCAGCAACCAGUGAAUGAGGCUACAGUGAGUGGUUACAGGAGGAGCAGAGCAGCAGUCAGAGAGUCACUGAAGAGAACAAACACUGCAGGGCUUCAGAACCGAUGAACAGAACCCAUGAUCAGAACAGAAUCCAAUUAUAAGACCCCGCUCACCCUCGGCCCCCCAGGGUGAGGGUAUCCAUGAAGAUUGGAUGUUUCCUUGCACAUUAAGGACAUGGAUUAAAUCAGGAAGGUUUCUGGGCACAAAACACACUCACACACUUCUUCGUCUUUGGGCUGUUGCCUUCAGGGAACACCACCACAGCAGAUCAUCUGCCUCCAUCUCACACAAUCCCCGGCCUCCUCUGCUUUUACACCAACAAUCUCCGUGCCCUCUUUCACCAUAUCCACAAAUCUCUACGGUCUUCCUUUUCUCUUCUUGCUUGGCAGUUCCAAAUCUAACACCUCUGUCUGAUAUAUGGACCCUCUCUCCUCAGUAAAUGUCCAUACCCUCUCCACCUCAGCUCUCUGACUCCAUGUCCAAACUGCUCAGACAGUGUCUUUAAACCAUACAUCAUAGUAGGUCUCACUACUCUCUCGUAAAAAUAUUCCCCUCAACUUUGCUGCUAUUCUCCUGUCGCAAAUCACUCCUGACAGUCGUCCCCAGUCGUUCCACUCUGCCUGCACCACUGGUUCUCCACCUCUGUUGUGCACUGUCCAUUACUCUGGAUGGUUGACCCUAGUUAUUUAAACUACCAAUCACACACACUCACACUACAUGAAGAGUUCUCACGGUAUGUCAAAAUAAUGAUGCAAGCUCCUGACCCUGGUGUAACCUCCCUCUGCUGUACUGCUGACAUUCAGUGGUACGGUGGAAACUGUCUGUCUUGCUGACAUUUCUGUUAAUUUUGUUUCCACUGGUGUCAUCAUUAUUCACCACCUUCUUAAAAAGUCACUGGACCUAAGAGCCUGGCCACGUCUGUACCUUUCUAUUUAACUGACAGAAAAACACUGUUUGUAUGUUGAGGUUUUUAAGCUUUUUUAUGGAGAGCUAAAGUUUUAUUUUUUCCUGCUAGAAGAUCAGCGCUCUCCGUGGUGCUGAAGUCCUUGAACAUCAACCCAGCUGUGUGCUGUCCGUGCGCCUACCUCCGAUGUCUGGCCUCAGGGUCUUGUCAUACUCCUUGAGCAGGUUGUUCAGGAUGUUCGUGGCAUCCUCCUGGUGAGACCUGGGCACCAACAUCUGGUUGACGGUGACGUCAUGGUGGUCUUCCUCAUCCUCGCCAUAAUCCAAAAGGUCAGAGCUGAAAAGACGGGAACGUUUAGAUCAGAAGUGGAAUUUGUUUGAUUACAAAGGAACAAUGAAGGAUUUUUUUCUUUUUUACUUUUUCUCUCCUUCCUUUCUUCUUUUUUCCCAUUUCUACUUACCUUGUUUUACUAAGCCUUGCUUCCUUCUUUAUUACUUUACUCAUUUGUUUCACUACCUAGUCACCAAGGUCUCCUUUAUACAUUUGUUUCCUCCUUCUGUUUAUCUUACGGAUACGGACCAAACUAUUAUUGUACUUCCUUAUUCCUUCUAUCCUCCCUUCUUUCCUUGCUUCCUUUCCUCCCUCCCUCCCUCCUUUCUUGCUUUAUUCUUUCAUUCUUGACUCCUGACUUCUUUUCUUUUCCUUUCCCUCCCCCACCUUGUUGUUUUCCUCGUAGUCCUUUUGCUCCUCCUUAAAUUUAGCUUUUCUCCUUUUCCUCACCCUUGCUGUUUUUCCUCUCCUUUUUCUUCCUUUCGUCCUAACUUCCUUUGUGUCCAUUCCAUUCUACCCUCCUUAGUCUCAUUCCUUUUCUUUUUUCCUUGUCUCCUCUCUCCUACCUUUCUCCCUUCCAUCCUACCUUCCUUCCUUCCCAACUAGUUCUUGUAAAUCCAUUCAGUGCAUUUGUACAUUUUACACAAAUGAUAACGACCAGUAGGAUGACAUAAACAUGUCCGUGUGUUCGCGCACACGCAACAAAAGGUUUUGUAGAAGAAAACCUUCAUCGUCAUCUUCCUCAUCAUCACCAGCAUCAAAGUUAAAGCGGUAACUUUUGCAGCUUCGGAAACAAACAUCUGUUCAGAUUUGGUUUCAUUUCUGUGUUUGAUGUGAAAGAGGAAACUCACCGAGCUGCCUGAUGCAGCAGCAGCAGAGUGAAGCUCAUCAACACCAACUCCGCUGUCAUUUUAUCCACGCGUGGAUCAGCGGAUCACCGGAGUCCGUCCGCACGGUCGGUGUCAGGAUCAACCUCAGGAUCACUUCAGUCCAGCACCACAGAAGGUUUGAUGAUUAAAGAAGAAGAGCGGAAAAACAUCAACCCUGGAUCAGAACUUCCCUCAUCUGCCCACGCACUUUCUUCUUCGUGUCAUAGAGCCUCGACAAUCCCGCACCGCACUCAAGGAGGACGGAAGAAAGAGAGGAGAGGAGAGGAGGAUGUUGGAGGUGUGAGGAGGCUCCUCAGGGCUGGGAGGAACCCGCUGAUCAAUCAGAGGGAUCCGCUCCAGCAGCAGAGAAGAGACCAGGUCCGGGUCCAGACGACUGCGUAGGCAGGAGGAUGAGGAGGAGGAGAAGAAAGAGGAGGAGGACUGAUGUGGCUGCUGAUGCUGCUGGAGGAGAAGAAGGAGGAGGUGCUGCUGCUGCUGCUGCUGCUGCUGAUGAUCCACCUCAGAAGAUGAUGGUGUGUUUUAUGAAGCAGACACUCAUUCACAUCCACUCACCUGUGGUCUCAGAGCUGCUGCUGAUUCGUUAAAGACAUAAACAAACUUGAGUCAGAUUUGAGUUUUUAUCCGUGACGUCAUCCCUGCCAUCAUUUACUUCAUCUGUUUAACAGCCCUCCAGCAGGAAACCUUCGUGGUUUUCACUCAAGGAAUCACAUUCUAGAAUUAAGAACAGGAAAAAGUACGGCUGUGGCUAUAGAAGUCAGCCAACAGGGGGCGACUCUGUUGCUUACGCGAAAGAAUAUGUGGCUACUAAGGAUACGCCGGAGAUAUUCUUUGACAUUAGAAAUGUAUGUUUGGUCACGUUUUAUAGCUGGUCAUCUCAGUCGAGGCCUAGUGUUAAGACAAUCAUAGGUUCGAAUCCCGCCCUGGCUGCAGUAUGUGGAGCAUGCACACAAACCUGCCCCUAACAGCGCCACUUACAUUGCAGAGGACAAAUGCCGUAGUGUAUGUAUGUGUAUAUAUGAUUAGAUUAUUUUUCUAUGUCUCCCCUUCUUCUUCUUCUUCUUCUUCUUCUUUGUCAUCGAGUGUCCUUCACCGAUGUCUUCACCAAGAAGUCAGUGAUUGGACGUCUCAGACACAAAUGGUCUCUUCAUCUUCCAUAAAUUCUGUUAUUUAAGAGCCUUUUUUCAGAUCUCAAAGGCACAAACUGACCACGAGAGGCAGCACUGUGUCAUCAGUGGCUGAGGCACUGUAAGCUAAAAUAAUUGGUUUUCUCCAUAAACUUUGUUGAAGUAAAUGGUUUAUACUUCCAUUUGACCUGGAGAACUCUGAGGUAUCACUACUCUUUAUGAACCGAGCUCCUUCUUUACCAGUGCUUACCAGUCCACAGAGAAAGACAGUGGUUGGCAUCAGCAGUGGCUACAGUAACCAACAGCUGAACCAAUGAAGUCAAAUCCACAGUGGCAGGCGUUUAGUUUAAUUGCUGCUACUGUUUUAGUUUGUUAGAUUGGUGUGAUCAUUUAUUCAUUUAUUUAACGGCCUCACUAUUGUUGUUCAGCUCAUAGACUCACAGGCUCUAGGUCCGAGUCUGCACUGCCCUCUAGUGGAUGUAAACUAACUACAGAGUGGCGCCACACUUUCCCUAUAUUAAUCAUGGUAUAAAUUUGGAGAAGCAGACAUGAAAUAAAACAGUCACCAGGAAAACGACAGAAGAGGUGAGUUUUUCUUUUAAAUUCAUUCCUAUUAGGUUUUAGGUUGUUUUUUAAACUUUUUAAAGUUGUCUGUGCGUUUAAUGCAGAAAGUAUUAUUUUUUCAUUACUUAUUCAGAGGUGGAAAAAUACUUGCAAUCAACCCCCUUGUUUUGAGUUUUUUGCCAGUUCAGUUUUUGCUCUAGUCCUCCAUGUCUGCACCAUGGCAAAAAAAAAAAAACAAAACAAAAAACAUUUUUUUUGUGUGUAAAUAAAAUAAUUAAGGUCAGAAAAACCUUGAAGUAGCAGCCAACAUCGUCUUUAUUUACACGUUUUAAUUUUACACAAAGCCAUUCAGUGCCGUUUAGUUUUCAGAGACUCUGCUGCCAGCAGGGGGCGACAGAGCAACAGUGCACAUUGUUCCUUAACGUCCCCUUGAUUAAAAAGGCGAUUCUUCUGCUGGAAGCCUGGCUCCUCUUUAGGUCCUGAGUUAUUUUUCGAUUUUUUUCUUCUUUUUUUUUUCAUCA